CUACCUAAAUGUUCACAUGUUUUCUGAAGCAAAGGGCUUGGGAUGUUAGUGGAGGAACCUUUUCCCAUCUAUCUUGACUUCACCUUUUUGUACCGUUUUCAACGUUAAUCAAGAUGGCCCAGUGGUUCCAGCUGCAGAAAUUAGACUCCAAGUACCUGGAGCAGUUGGACCAGCUGUAUGAUGAUACUUUCCCCAUGGAGAUCCGCCAGUACCUCAGUGCGUGGAUUGAGAGCCAUGACUGGGACACGGUGGCAACCAGCGUUUCCCUGGCGAUGGUCCGUUUCCAUGACCUCUUGGGCCAGUUGGACAACCAGUACAGCCGCUUCGCCCUGGAGAACAACUUCCUGUUGCAACACAAUGUACGCAAGAUUAAACGCAAACUGCAGGACCACUUUCAGGAGAACCCUUUGCACAUGGCCAUGACUAUAUGUAAAUGUCUGAAAGAGGAGAAGAAAAUCCUGGCCUGUGCCUUAAAAAAAGAGGAAAACGUUCGGUCCACACAAAACAAUGUGGUGUUGGAGAAACAGAAAGAGUUGGACAACAAUGUCAACGACCUGAGGAACCAAGUACAGGAUGUAGAGCAGGAAAUGAAGUCACUGGAGGACCUACAGGAUGAACAUGACUUUAAGAAGAAGACCCUGCAGAGCCGAGGUACUGUUUGUGACUCUAUGUACUUGUCAGUGGAACAAGAGGUGAAUGGGAUGACACAGUCACCGGUGGUACAGAAAGAGAUCCGUGAAGAGGAGAUGGUCAUCAGAGAGAUGUUCAUCAAACUCAACGUAACCAGAGAGGUGGUGGUGCAUCAGAUAGCUUACAUCCUGAACUUGGCCGAGCAGAUCCAGUACACCCUGGUGACAGAGGAGAUACCUGAUUGGAAGCACAGACAGCAGAUUGCCUGUAUCGGUGGUCCACCUAAUGCCUGUCUAGAUCAGCUACAAACCUGGUUCACUGCGGUGGCAGAGGGCUUACAGCAGGUACGCCAGCAGCUGAAGAAACUUCAGGAGCUGGAACAGAAGUACACAUACGAGAACGACCCCAUCACUCAGGGCAAAAGCACUCUGGAGGAACGCGCUCUCGUCCUGUUCAAGACCCUCAUUGUCAAUUCUAUCGUGGUGGAGAGACAGCCCUGUAUGCCCACUCACCCCCAAAGACCUCUGGUGCUGAAGACUGGGGUGCAGUUCACUGUCAAAAUCAGACUGCUGGUGAAGCUUCAGGAGUUGAACUACCAGUUCAAAGUCAAAGCUCUGUUUGACAAGGACGUGACUGAGAGGAAUGCAGUGAAAGGGUUCCGGAAAUUCAACAUCUUUGGAACUAAUACUAAAGUUAUGAACAUGGAGGAGUCCAAUGGAAGCUUGGCAGCAGAAUUCAGACACCUGCAACUAAAGGAGCAAAAGGCUACAGGCAACAGAACAAACGACGGUCCUCUCAUAGUGACAGAGGAGCUCCACUCCAUCAGCUUUGAGACACAACUCACUCAGCCAGGACUCCAGGUCAACCUGGAGACGACGUCCCUGCCCAUUGUGGUCAUCUCCAACAUUAGCCAGCUGCCCAGCGCCUGGGCCUCUGUCAUGUGGUACAACAUGCUGACCAGUGAGUCCAAGAAUCUGCUGUUCUUCCUGAGCCCGUCCCAGGCCACCUGGAGCCAGUUGUCGAAGGUGCUGAGUUGGCAGUUCUCCUCCGUAACCAAGCGAGGCCUCAACGACGAGCAGCUGAGCAUGCUGGGAGACAAGCUCCUGGGUCGAGAGGCUGUAGGAAAUCCUAAUGGACUCAUCCCCUGGACCAUGUUCUGCAAGAAUGUGAACGAGAAGGGCUUUCCCUUCUGGCUGUGGAUCGAUGGAAUCCUGGACCUGAUCAAGAGACACCUCAUGUGUUUGUGGAAUGACGGGUGUAUCAUGGGCUUUGUCAGUAAGGAGAGAGAGAAGGCCCUGCUGAAGGACAAGGAGCCUGGGACUUUCCUGCUGCGUUUCAGCGAGAGCAGCCGGGAGGGAGCCGUCACCUUUACCUGGGUGGAGCACUCCAAUAACGAUGUCCAUUUCCACACGGUGGAGCCCUACACUAAGAAGGAGCUGGCCGCCGUCUCUUUCCCUGACAUCCUCCACAACUACAAGGUGAUGGCUGCCGAGAACAUCCCUGAGAACCCUCUGGUCUACCUCUACCCCAGGAUCCCCAAAGACAGCGCCUUAGCACGCUACUACAGCCGCCCCACAGAAGCCGCUGAGCCAAUGGAAAUGGAGAGUGAGUCUGAUGCUGGCUACGUUAAGAGGGAGCUUAUCUCUGUGUCUGAAAUCCACUCCAGACUACAGGACACCAUGAUGCCCAUGAGUGCUGAAGUGUACGGAGAGCUGACCAGGAUUAUUAACCCUGCUGAGAUUGAUACUGUGAUGUGCAAAGCUUUCCCAAACUAACCUGCCCUCUUCAGGCAGCGCCCCUUGGAAAACUUGUUACCCCUCUGCACCGAACUGAUCUGAAGAUGUUGAUUAAAUUGAAGAGAUUUGUUGGGUUUCCUUUGUAAAUACAACUAAAACUGUAUACAUAUGUAGUCUGUCAUUUUAAUGUACAUGCAUGAGAUUUUGGGGCUUCAAGUCCAGCUGUUUGUAUUAAGGAAUGUCAUUCUGUGUGACCGGAUAAUAUUUUGUGAAUGCAUAUGUAGUGUGAAAUGGUUAAGCUGUUAUACAGUGAGCUUCAAAAAUAUUGGGACAUUUGACACAUUUGUUGUUGUUUUGGCUCUGUACUCCAGCACCAUGGGUUUGAAAUGAUACAAUGAAUAAAGUGUAGUCUGUCAGCUUUUAAUUUGAGGGUAUUUUCAUACAUAGAGGGAACCGUUUAGAAAUUACAGCUCUUUUUGCACAUAGUCCCUUAAUUUUAGGGGACCAAAAGUUAAUGUGACAAAUUCCCUUAUGUGAAUUUAAGUAUUCAAGUUUAGAAUUUGGUCCCAUAAUCCGAGCACGCAAUGAUUCCAAGCUUGUGACUCCUCACACUUGUAUGCAUUUGCUGUUUGUUUUGGUUGUUCGAUAAUUUUGUGCCCAAUAGAAAUGAAUGGUAAAUGUUUGGACUUCACUGUUUAAUUUAAGGACAAAGAAGAGGGCUCACACAUGCCUGAAUAGCUUUAAUUUAUUUAACCUUGUUUAUUAAAAUAAAUGUGUGUAUAUAUUCCACUGCCAGGAGCAAUCGCACAUCUGCACAUCAACUAUACCCUAAAAUAUGAACAGAAAAGGACAUCCGUGUUUAGCAAUACAUUCAGAACUGUCUUUAGUUGGAACUUUAGACUGGUCUGCAACUACUGGUGACACCUGACUUGAACCAUCUGUCCAUAUGACCUACAGAGGUUCAAACACCGGUCUUCUGCAAACCACAAUAUUGUGUUCGCAGCUGACAAGUUCAGAUCACAGGCAAGGUUACCUUUCACUGAAUCAACAAUAGCAAAACCAAUGUCUGAUUUUGAGACCUUUCCCUGUAUGUCACGGAUACGACAGUGUUUUGGAGGUGAUUGAUUGGAGGGUUCAGGUCUUGUGUUUCCCGGACUACUGGGAGUGGUGAAGGAGGUCGAGUUUCUGUGGCAACGUGUUCCGUUAUCAUUCUUUGGCUUUCAUUUGAACAUUUUUCUAUACACAAUGUCACCGUCUCAGACAGAUCUGGGGAGUUGCUGAAAACCGGCCACGUUGCCUUACAGAGACCAACAAGUAGUGGUAGAGAUGUUAUGUACAUAGAGGACAGAGCUUUCCAAUCCACUUGAUUUUCCAUCUGUGUAUUCGUUAUCUGGAUUAGAACGUUGCGUAAGGUUAUUCCCCAUUGUGUCAAUGAAGCUGUUCUUUAUGCUACAUCGGUCUUAUGGGAAAAAAAUAUAUACCACUGUUGUUCAUUUAUAAUUUGAUCUAUUGUACAGUAUUGCUUCAUGCGGUCUUAACAUUCAUGUUAACAUCAAUUUAAAAAAUAAAUAAAAACAGGUUGUAAAUUGA